GUUCCCUCCUUGAUGGAGACGCUGAGCUACAGCUACUGCUACGUGGGGAUCAUGACAGGCCCGUUCUUUCGCUAUCGCACCUACCUGGACUGGCUGGAGCAGCCCUUCCCGGAGGCCGUGCCCAGCCUGCGGCCCCUGCUCCGCCGGGCCUGGCCGGCCCCGCUCUUCGGCCUGCUCUUCCUGCUGUCCUCCCAUCUCUUCCCACUGGAGGCCGUGCGCGAGGACGCCUUCUAUGCGCGCCCACUGCCCGCCCGCCUCUUCUACAUGAUCCCAGUCUUCUUUGCCUUCCGCAUGCGCUUCUACGUGGCCUGGAUUGCUGCUGAGUGCGGCUGCAUCGCUGCCGGCUUUGGGGCCUACCCUGUGGCCGCCAAGGCCCGGGCCGGGGGCGGCCCCACCCUCCAAUGCCCACCCCCCAGCAGGUCAGGCGAAGGGAGGGAGGCUUCCCAAGACUCAGCAGGCCCUGGCACCAAGGGCUGGCCCUGCUAGGCUGGCCCUGCCCCCAGCAGGGAGGGCAGUGGGGAGCAGGGCAGGGCCACCACACGUGGCCAGUGGUCGGUCACCUCCGGCGACCACCACCUGCCUUCCCUUGUCAGUAGGGGUCCAGUGUUCUUGGUACCUAUUCAUUGCCCCCUGUUGCUAGCACUUGUCACCCCUCAGUAUGGUGAGACCCCCUCUGUUGCUAGAAAAGGAAGGUGGUAUCCUAGCAACCACAGACCACCCCGUAUUGCCAUGGAAAUGUCACCCCCAAAACCAGAUUAUUCCUGGCUGCUGGGGAUGCCAUGCUUUGGUAGUGGUAGGUCAUCCUCUGUUGCUAGGGGAAUGGUUGCUUAGCAACUCAGCCGCCCUCUCUGCUAGGGAAACAAUAUCCCUAGCAACUCUAGUUCUCUUUUUGUCAGAAGUCCUGCUCUUCGGGGCUAUAGAACCUGCGCCCCCUGAGCGCCUCUUGUGUUGUGGGAGCCAGUGCCUCUCCCCAUGACAUGAUGUCACAUAGCCGCUCUCAGUUGCCCUCUGUCUCCAAGGAAAUAGCAUCUCUCACCGUGCCCGCCUCCAGCUGGGAGGACACCAUUCCCUGCAACCACAGGCCACCCCCUCCUGUUAACAGGGAAGCCAGUCCUCCCCGGUAACCGUCUUGACCCCUGUUGCUCCUGCUGCUGCCAGUGUCCUCGGCACCGACAUUGCUGAGUAGGUCACGCAGGCAGUGACACAGGCGCCCCUGUUGCUGAGGAAGCGUACUCCUGAGUUGCCAAGGAAGUGGUCUCCUAGCAACUAGAAGUGGGCUGACCCUUCUAGAAUCUGUUGCCAGCCUUCCACCUGGGGCUGGUGCUGGGGCAGCAUUCUCCUGAUGUAAAUUACAAACCACUCCUUGCCAGGCUUGUUCCACCCACUCCAAGGCACAAACUGCCACCCUGUCGUGGGGUAGGGGCGCCCACUGCCCUAGUAACCACGGGCAGAGCCCCAGCUGCUAGAGAGGACGUUACCCCAGGGAAGUCAGCAGGCGUUGAAGGCUUUCUGAACCUGCCAGCCCCCCUUCUAAAGGGUGGCUCCCUUUCAUCUCUGGAAGCCACCAAGGGCUCCAGCAGACGUUCUACAUUGCUGGCCCGCUGGUGUCACUGUAUUCCUGUAGGUGACGCUUCUCAAAUGAUCACAGGGACCAGGACAAAAGGCCUUUUUUGGAAGCUUUUCUGAACAGCCUGGGCCUUGUUGCUAAGGAAUCCUUUGUCCAUAGCAUGGAGAUCCUUGAGAUCACCAAGCUUAGAAGUCUCCCUAGCAACCACCUCCUUUGGAAAGAUGCUUCCCUAGCAACCGCACUAUCCCAGGGCUCAGAAAGGACCACGCUUGGUAGGUUCUGUGAAUAUGCUGAGCUUGGUUGCUGAAGCACUCAUAGCUUAGCAACUGUUCCCCUGCAGGCUUUCUGCAGCUGUGGCAGCCC